CCCAAUGUAGUAAAUGAAAUAAAAAGUACUUGAUAUUUGGGCAAAUAUGUUGUCAGAGACAGAAAAGAAUGGUUGUAAAGAGAUUUUAUCUAAACUGCCAAUUCAAGAACUAGUCGCUCUUGCAGAAACUGUAACUAAAAAGCAGGUUAAAAUCACAAGUCAAAGAGAAGCUGUAAAAGCCAUUCUUCUGUACAGUGACAGUGCCUUGGAACUAUUCAGCAGAAAAAAGAUGAAGAGAGAAAUACUGUUUCAGUACCUGAUGUCAAAAUCAAUUCCUGUCGCAUCAACAAUAGACAAGGGUGGAAUUAUUCGAACCAUUCUGAACACGUGGGGAAUAAACAUUGAUGAAGGACAGUUCAAGGUUAAACUGGAGAAUGAACCCCAGCCAGCCCAGACCUCAGGAUCAAGGGCUGGUCACUCUGUCAGCCCUUCCUCGAGCACUUCCACACAGACUGGAGCCAGACCACGACCCUCGAGCACUUCCACACAGACGAGUGCAAGAUCGCAACAGUCCACCUCAAAUACUGCUUUCGCGGCUCAGACCAACUGUAACAAUAUUGGAGGCGCCCAAGCUGACCUUAAUAGACAUACUGUGUCAAAUACAUCAAAUAACAGGCAUGUCACUGCUCAUAGUAGCCAAAUAUCACAAUUACAAUCUUCUGGUAACCAAGUUGUUAAUCCUGAUGCCAACGUGAAUCAAGUAAACAAUACUACAGCAGCAGCAACAUCAAGAGUUGGACUCACUAACAACAUUCAUCAAACAGUUGUAGAUAAAUCUGAGCUACAGGUUUUAGGAGAAACUUUUUCAAAAUGGUUUUAUGAAAAUCUUAACUCUCAUAAUCCGACAUUGUCUAAACCGCAGAUGGACUUUGGCCCUAAUCACUUUUGGGACGAUGCUUUUUUUAUGUUAUGUUCACACAGUCCUGUAACCAGUGAGGAAAGAUUUGAAGGACCUCUGUUAGUGUCUCAACGAUUCUUAUCAUUUGCCCAAGAGGAACAGUUGCUAUUCAAUCCAAACAUCACAUCGGAAGGUGUUUACGUGAAGUCAGACCCUUUUGGUAUGGUGAUGAUUCUGGUAUGUGGGACGAUCCACAGGGCUAAUGAUUGUCUCGGCGUGUUCCAGCAGAUGUUCGGUCUGGUAAAAGAUCCAAGGUUUGAGAACAACUAUAAGAUCAAGAAAACAAAACUUGAUGUGCGGACUGACAAACCGACAGCCAUGCCAAAACUGGAGGCCAACCCAGAGAGUCAGAUGGCUGCCUUGGUACCAGUGUAAUGAAACUUUUAAUGUUGUCAUGUGAUAUUCCUUGCCUAGAUAAGGCUUUAGACUUUUAGUAAUAUUUAUGUUGCAUUUGCUAUUAGUGACUUAUAGUUAUAGCUUUCACAGUGUCUACACCAAGUAAUAGUUACCAAACUAGUUACCUGAGAUUUGAUAAUCUUUGCAAUGAGCUGACGCAUGAGUUCUGAAUAAUUUCAAUCUUGAUUGUUGAGCCUAGCGCCAGUACUGACAAGCCAUGUUAUGAAAACUUUGUCAACACAAUAACUUACCCUAGGACCUUUAAACAUCAGUGGUAGGUUGGCCUUCACCAGCUGAUGACCCCUGUAGUUAUUGAGGUCACAAGGUCAAAGGUUCCAGGAUAUUGACAACAGACUUAUGAAAUCUUUGUCUGCAGAAUAACUAACAGCUUGACCUACAUGUUAUACAAUGAAACUUCAGCUGCACUGGACUAGUAUUAUCCUAAUUUCGGGUUGUCAGUAACUCAAGUAUUAAGGUCACACCGGGGACCAAUAACAAAUCCUACUCCAAGCUCACAUUCAACUUUGUCUGCAGUUUCUAUUUUGAAAUACUUGUCUUCACUUUUAUGAAAACUUUUAGCAGCCAUCAACAGGGGUUUCAAACGUGAGGAUUAUUCCGAUAACUCCUGAAUCAGGAUUGACAGCAUUUUACUUAAAGCUGCACUCUCACAGGUUGAAGGUUUUGACAACUUUUUUUUUGUCUUGGAAUGAGCCAAUUUUUGAGAAAAUGCAUGGAAACCAGUCAUAUAUGGAUGCUGACAAAGGAAUAGGUCGCAGAUAUUUAUAUUUAAGUUCAAUAAUUGAUGUUUUAUGCAUUUUUCUCAAACCGUUAGUAACGCUUUAAACCAUAAAACAUUAAUUUUUGGACGGAAAUAUGAAAAUCUGCGAUCUGAUCUUUUGUCAGUAUCUUUUAUCAUUGGUUUGCAGAUAUUUACGCAAAAAUUUGCUCUUUACAAGACAAAAAAUAAGAAAGUUGUAAAAACGGUAUAUCUGUGAGAGUGCAGCUUUAAGGCUAUUGUACAAUUGUAAAGAUAGUUUUUGCUUGUACAUUUGCAUCGACACCACUAGGAAGUACAUUGAAAUGAAUAUAAAUGACUUGGGGAACAAUUUCAAAUAAUGUCUAAAGCCACUUUACCCAGCUUAGGCAUGAAUCCAUUAAUGUAAUUGAUGGUUAUUGAUUACAUUUGUUAUAAUUCCCUUUUAAUAUUAAGAAUCAAUGUAUUUUCUUCUUAAAAUCUAUUUAAUCAAUCCUCCGCAUGUUUCAUGUCUUGUUUUGGAAAUAUAUUUAAGUUAUAUGCCUUCACUGUCUUUGAUAGAUGGUUAUUGAUUAUAUUUGUUUAUUUUAUUUCGAAUAUAGGUCUGCAAGUUUCGUUUGGUUGGUUCGUAGACCUUGUCUUGACUUGAAACUAUUUGACCUAAGGCUUUGACCAUGAAACAACUCCAAUCAUUAUUGUAGGAUGCAUAUGAUCAGUAGAUGUUGGUGAUUGGAGGGGGGGGGGGGGGUUAGAUUUUUUUAUCAAUAGAUGACCGCUGUUGUUUGUUUGUUUUUAUCUCAGUGGAUAAAGGAAAUGGUCACCAGCCUAUGAAAAAUUAGCACUUACUUGAGAGUGAUUUAACGCUGGCAAAACUUGUUUUAUUGAUAAAUGUACUCUUGAUUAUCAUCAGUAUAUUUGAGGAGAAGAAAGUAUUUUUUAUUCCAUGAGUAUCUUUUGUGCAAACAGUAAUAAAGUUAUAUAUAAAAAUUACAAAUUUAAAGUGUAUUGAACUUCUUUUUCUUAGAUUUUUAAAGUGACACUCUUCUUCAAAAUCAAUACAUAAACAUUUAUACCAAACAUACAUUUUGAGUGAUAAACCGUUAACUUCUUACUAAGUAAUGUAUUUAUGGACAAUAUUAAUUACUGAUAACAAGAUUGUAGCCAUGUAUUUAACAGCUGAAAACGCAUUUUUUUAAUGAUUGGUGAGUGCUAAAAGAACUGAUCUUCUAUCGUCUCAUAAGGUAGAAAUACUGUGUUUUCUGCACCUUUCUUUCAAAUUUAAAUUCGGUAUCUUUCAUAAGAACCAUUGUUUUUGACAUUUAUUAAUCCUUUUUGGUAUAUUAAAACAAUUGUAUUAAUUGUGUUAAAUCUUAUUUUGGAGUAGUAGUGCAUCUUUAAGCAUGAGAACAAAGUAAUGUUUGUGCAUAAGGUAAUACAAUUAUAUAUACAAAUAACAUAUACAAAUUCGAUUGAUCGAGGACGUGGGAAGGCUCGUCAGCUUGUAAUGUAUGGUAUGUGAAGUGGAAAGUUAUGGUUCAAUUAAUCUGCCAUUCAUAUAUAUGAUCACUGAACGGUUUAAAAAUAUAUAUGAGUUGACAUCAUUACCAAAUAUAUUACCGAAUUGAAUUUGAAAAUAGGAUUGGUCCCUUGCUUUGUAGGUUACAAAAUGAGUCGAGGUUUAAUGUGGGUGGCUAUGACGUCUUGCAAAACCUCAGCCACAACUCGAAAACCGUUCAAGGUAUUCAAACGAAAUUUGCUUCUCAUGCCGCGAGAGAAAACAUAACAUGUUUAGCAAGGACAAUAACUCUAGCUUGAAUAAAUGUCGAGUAAUGCUUCUUGGUCGACUGAAAACAAAUCCCUGAUUGUCGCUGGCGUUUGUAACGCAGGGCUCUUCUUUCUUGUUGAAAUUUGUGUUUACAUAUUACAGUGGGUGCUGACUGCAAGUUCUGA